AUGGCGCCAUCUAUUAGAAAUGUCUCGCUUGAUAUGGGAAUCGUUGAAUUAAUCACAGCUGGUUUAUCAACCAUGGAUUUCAAUCGGUGGCAUUCCUUUCAGUGUUACUUGAAAACUUUAGAUGGUCAAAUGGCAGAAGACUCAGUUCACGUACAGUGCAUUCCAUCCAACUGCCAAAAUACACUUUUUCCUAAUGUUACAGAGUUUACGGUUCAUAUUGGUGAACGAGACUAUUCAGCACUGACUCGUUUGAUGGAUUAUUCAGUAGAUGCUCAAACGCUCUUUUCACUAGAUAAAAUUGAACUUUUUCGUGUACAUUUUAUUUCUUCAAAUGAGCCAAUACGUGGAAGCUCAAACUUAGAAGAUUCAUUUUCUAGACGACGAACGUCUAAACAUUUGCGUAAUUUUAAAAAAUGGAUUGGUGCUGCAAAUCUUGGUGAACGAUACUGCCAACAGUAUUCAUAA